GAAAUGGUCACGUGAUUAUUUUCAACAUGGCGCUCUGCUGUGCUAGUGCGUGUAUUUUUUAAAUUCUUGUUUAUUUAUUCUCAAGUAAUUAGUGAUAGAGUUCUCUAAGAUAUUUUAUAAUAUUAUUAAAUAUCGCAUUCAUCAAUAUUCAGCUAACAAGCUACCACAAAAAUUAAAAAGUUGCAAUUUUGUGACACUAAUCUUGAGACGAUCUGACACUCCGAAAUCCGUGGUCUGUGGUUAAUAUUAGCAUCGCCGGCUAUUUGAAUUCAGUUUACCCAACAAAACGCGACCAGAAACCAUCUUUAGUCAGUCAAAUAUUUAAUCAAUUAUUUACCCCAACAAGGAUUUCAUUCUUUUUUUAAGGGUAUUCAAUCAAUAUGAUUCAAUAGUUGCAUUAAAUUAUAAAUCAAUGGAGUUCAGGUUUGUCAUUGACACAUCAUUAACUAUUAUAAUUAUAGAUUAGUUUAGUCAAGUGAACCCAGGUAGGCAAAAGCAAAAACACAACAAUCCGAUGACACAAAGUGUGAUAAGUAAAUAAUUUACUAAGCCUAGAAGUAAUAACAAUUAAUAUGAUUAAAAUUAAAUCAAAAUGUUUUACCUGACUAGGCAUAUCUGAUCUAUUCUAAGUUCUGUUAUUACUCAGCCCUACCACACCCCCCUACAGUACACACUCACAUACUCAUACAUUUUUGUACCAGGAACCAAGGUAAUAAUAACGUUUUUAAAAAAAGUUGUCCAUACAGUUUCCAAGAUGCAUUGAACAUGUGAGACAUAGAUGCCCACUGGUUUAGAAAGAAAUAUCCUAAAGCAAUUAGGCCUAAUAAAAAAUAAAGACUAUUACUAUAUUUAUUGAAGGGAAGCGUUAUACGCAGUCGGCUGCGCAUAACCCUGAGAGUUAUACGCAGUCGACUGCGCAUAACCCUGUGGGUUAUUCCCAGCCGACUGCGUAUAACUCUCAGGGUUAUACGCAGUCGGCUGGGAAUUUAGCCAAAUAAGGUUUAUUACCGCUAGUUUGGCAAUUAAAAAAAAGUAUUAUGCGUAAUUAGCCGCAUGAUGGGAUGUUUUGUACUAGAACUUUUAAUGUGUUUAAUUUAAAAUUUUAAUUGAAUUAAUUUUAAUUAUUAAUGAAAUUGAAUGAUAGUAAUAGUAUUAGUAUUAGUGCUAUUAUUAGUAUUAAUGCUUGUAUCUUAUAUAUUAUAAGUAUAAGUCAAAGUCUACAUUUCUUAGAGUCUAAGCAUAAGUCGAAGAUUUUUUAAAAGGCAUUUCCAUGGUCUAAGUCUAGUUAUGUAUUCUGAUUGAUUAGGUUUUUAUAUGUUGCUAUGACCAUGUGAUGUGGUUGGUUUUACUGACUAAUUCAGGAAACACAUUCUAUUUAUUUUUAAAAAAAUUAAAAACAGUUUUCAGCUUCCAUGCAAAACUAUAACUGUAUGAAAGUAUUAUUUAUAGUGCCCCCUCUGCAGAACCCCCUGCCCCUACAGCGAUUUUCUUACUGCUGCUCUCCACCCAUGAUUAUAUUUAUUACUGUACCAGAGAAACAUGAUCUUAUCUGCCACAAAAUUAGUUAACAACACAAAAUAUAUGUUAACAACACAAACAUAUAUUAUGAUAAUUAUAAGUAUAACAUUAUUAACAUUACAUUGGUCAAGUUAAUUCUUAUCAUGUUUAAACAUUUUUUAGCCAAAACAAGAGUAAAACAAUAAGCGUAGUUGUUUUUGGUUCAUUCUCGAGAACAAACUAACACGUUUCAUGGCUUUCCGUUGGCUGGAAUUGAACUCCAGACCAUCAACUUGGGGUUUGGUCAGUUUUUACCAUUCGACCACCCAAUCACCUCAAUAACAAGGCACCCUCAUCUAUUGAUACUGUAACACAGGAAGAAAAUAGACCUCACGUGACUUGCCGACUGCGUAUAACUCUCAGGGUUAUACGCAGUCGGCUGCGCAUAACCACUCCGUUUAUUGAAAUCUAGAUACAUCCUACUAUUGACGUAAUUGAGUAAUUGUCAAUUGGGAUUAAAAAAUAGAGCAUAUCUUUGAAGAUGGAAAAGUUCUCCUUGCAUAGUUACAGUGCAAUGGAGCAGUGAAUUGAUCUUGUACAAUGAUUAAUGGUUGUUGUCUUUAAACAAUAUUUUCCUUUAAAAAAUCUUUUAAUAACUAAAUAAGCUGAUUAUUUAUAAAGAAAAGACAAAUAUGAAACAAAAAAAUGCUAUUAUUCCAUUUGCUUUGAAUUUAUUGUGAUAAAAUAUGAGAUUAUCCAGACACAGUACAGGUGUUCAGUUGCUCUUGACAUGUUGUGAUAUUUUAUUUUAAGCUUGCUGGUUUUAAAAAAACUUUGUAAAUAAAUGCUAUAGGGCAGAAGCCUAUAUCAAGUUUAUAUUUUACAAACAUAUAUAAAAAAUAGGCUAGGCCAGUGGUUCUCAACCUUCAUAAUACUGCGCCCAUUUCAUACACAUAUUGUGGUGACCCCCCCAACCAUAAAAUAAUUUGCGUUGCUACUUCAUAAAUAUGUUUUUCGAUAGUCUUAGCCAACCCCUGUGUAAGUGUCAUUCGACCCACAGGAUUAGAACCGCUGGUUAUAUAAUAUUAAUAAUAACAAGUCCCUUAUAUGAUUAGCCUACAUUUUAAAUUUUAAACCAGCUUUUUAUCAAUUAGACUUUUAACACUAACUCAGAAAUAUAUAUAGGGCUAUAUAUUUUUUUUUCAGUUAGUAAUGAGGUCCCAGAACAACCAGUUAUUUCACCAGUUUCAGGCCACAUCUUUGAACGUCGGCUGAUUGAAAAAUAUAUACAGGAAAAUGGUACAGAUCCCAUUGCAAAUGAAAAGCUGUCUGUUGACAUGCUCAUCCCCGUUAAAAGUAAGUAGGCCCUAUUACUAACAGAUAGUAUUAUAGCACUUUAUAUAGCCUAUAUAUAAUAAUAAUUUAAAGGGCUCAGCAUAAAUUUCAUCAUCAAACAUGAUGGUUACUGAUUAUUUUAUUCAUUUUUCUUAGGCUCUGCAAUUGUUAAACCAAGGCCACCUUCAGCAACAAGUAUACCAGCCAUUCUUAAAUCUCUGCAAGAUGAAUGGGUGAGCUUCACAUGAAUACUUCUAUUGUUUUCAUAAUAGGCCUACUGUACUGUUAAAUUAUUUAAAAAAGCAAGCUGCAUGUUAUUUAGACCUUUUAAAUUUUGAUAUACAAACAAAAUUUGAAUUCAUAUCAUUUAAAUUAAUAUGGACAUUUUUAAAUCUUAGUUAUGAUAUAAUUAUUUUUUAUUUAAUUAUUUUUUAAUUUAUUUUUAGGACGCAGUCAUGCUCCACAGCUUUACAUUGAGGCAACAACUUCAAACUGCAAGACAAGGUAAGCUGUAUUUGAUUUAAAUAAUUAAAAAAUAAUAAUCACACUAAUGUGACAUAGGAAGGCUAUAAAAUGAAAUGUUAGAAUAUAUUCUUAAUUCAGACAUAACUUACAAAGACUAGCAUAAUAUAAAAAUUUGAUGUUAAAAAUCUAUUCUUUUUCUUUCCAGAAUUAUCUCAUGCUCUGUAUCAACAUGAUGCUGCGUGUCGUGUAAUAGCUCGUCUCAUCAAAGAAGUGACAGCUGCAAGAGAAGGUAUUUUGUAACUACAUUAUUUUGUUUCUUUUACUGACAAAUGACUGACAACUUCUACGCAUGCUCUCAAAUCUUGCAGAUUGUAAUCAUUUUACCAUGAAAAUGUAUCUUUUGCUUAGAACAAGAAAAGACAAUAAUUUUGAUAUUAUUUCUUAUAUAUGUAUCAGUUGUUAUACAGAUAUUGAGUUAUUCCUUUUUUGUUUGUGCGUCUGGUAAAACUCAGCUUUGGCAACAUUGAAACCACAGGCUGGUCUCACCGCACCAGUUCCUGGUUAUAAUGCACCAGCUCAGAAUCCAGUAAGUAAAAUUUCCUUCUCCCUUGAUUAUAUACAUAAUUUUAAAUUGUAUCAGUUCACACUUUUUGAAAUUCAUAUAAAGCAUUUUAGAGUGAAGGAAAAAUUGCUAUGUAAACUUUAGGUUAGCAUAUAUUGAGCGUGCCUUUUCGCCAAAUACCUAACAAUGUAUCCUACCCAAAUUUUGUUUUCCACAGGCCAUUGCAGCAGAUGCUGGGCCUGAGUCUGCAACACAACCUGUGGAGGAAGCGGUCAUGAGUGAUGAAGUUAUUAAAAAGGUUUGUAUUAAUAUUUCAGCUGUCACUGUGUUAGCCGGACGAUUUUUUCUAAAAUAUGGUUUUCAAAUAACUUGCUUCCAAAUUGUUCACCAAGGCUUCUUUUUUUAAAACAUAUUUUUUUUUUACAUUUCGCCAUAUAGCUUCAGGACAAGGCAACUCUGCUAACUGCUGAAAGAAAAAAGGUAAUUAUAAAAUUUUCCAGGAAAAACUCCUAGAAUGGAAUGUCCAACCUUCUAAUUGUUAUCGCCUUUUAUAUAGUGCAACUUAUUAAGGCUAAGAAAAAAUAAUUUGAAUCACUGUGCUGGUAUCAAAUUUAAAAAAAAAUCUUUUACAAAACUUUGAUUAAAAAAUAUUAAAAAAGAUCUGUUUUGUGUAUAUAUACACAUUUUAAAUAUUUAAAAAAAAAUUUCAUUAAAUUCUUUGUUGAAGGACAAUGUAAAAUGUAAAUAAACCCUUAGCCCACAAACUGUCUAUUGUAUGUUUCUGUACUGAGCAGGCAAUUUAUAGCUUUUUGGAUGAAAAAUGUGAUUUUUUUCACAUGCCAAUACUAAAGCUAGACCCCAUAAAGUAUAUACUUAUUGGGUUAAUCACGCUGGAUAUAAUGGCACCCUACUUUAAAUGAAUUUGAUAUUUCAAAUGCUUAAUUUUUUAUACAAAAUAUUUUAUUACUUUUAUUAUAAUAUAUUGAUUUAUUUUAUUUCAGAGAGGCAAAACUGUUCCAGAAGGUCUUGCAACAAGUGAAGAUAUACGUAACUAUCGACAAUUGGCAUCUCAUACGGUAAAUAAGGAAACUUUUUAGAUUUUUUUAAAAAUCCUAAACUUUUGGUACCAUUUGGUAUUAUAAACUCUACUAAGGAUUAAGUUUUCCUUGAAACAAAGUAAAUCCAUCUUCUUUUAUUUCAAAUGAAUGUUGUAUUGAAUUAAUACAAUUAUUUGAGAUUUUUCAAAUAGAUAUUGAGAUAAUUUAAUAAAUAAUUUGAAAUUUGUUUGUUUUAGGGUCUACAUAGUGCUAGUGUCCCUGGCAUUCUGUCAGUUGAUGUUUGCCUCCGAGAUACAUCAAGAAUUGUUACAGGAGGCAAUGAUAAAAAUGCUGUUGUUUUCAACAAGGAUACUGAACAGGUCAUGGCAAUUCUCAAAGGUCACACUAAGAAGGUCACUAGUGUUAUCUAUCAUCCUGAGGAGGUAUGUUAAAUUUUUUGUAUACAAUUUCAUUACAUAGGUAUUGGUUUGAAUAUACUUUAUCUUUGGCUAUUAAAUCGGGUAUUGGCAGAAUACUUGGUACUUGUACAUGGCUAACUAGAUCUGAGGAAUCUCUACAGCUACUUAUUAUCUUGAAAUUGUAAAUAGAUACACUAACAGUAAGGCCCCAUUUCAAGAUUAUUUUCUGCAGAGACAGUGAUCUUUUGUUUGGUCUGCUGUUUCGUUCUAUGAAGGUUAACUCUGAUGAUACUUAAUAAUCAAGUUUUCAAACAUUUGAGUAGCUGUAAAUCAUAACUCACUUGAGCUCUUGAGUUCACCCAGGUUUUUUGUGACUAUUCAUUAAAAUUGUUAGCCCCAAAAAUUUUUAACAAAGCUGAAUACUAGACAUUAUUCAGAAUUAUUAAUUUCAACAGGAGCUUGUUAUAACUGCGUCUCCUGAUAAUACCAUCCGUGUGUGGGGCAUCACUACUGCAUCUUGUGGACAGAUAAUCCGUGCUCAUGAUGCUCCAGUCACUGGAAUCAGUUUGCAUGCUACUGGAGACUACCUUUUGUCCUGCUCAACAGAUAUGGUAAGUAGUAAUGACUCCCUGACAGUGCUAAAUAAUAUUUUUUUAAAAAUUGAUGUAGGCUUGUAUUAAUCUGUUAACAUUGUGUUAACAAUCUGAAUCUGAUUCUACUUAAGCCUCUCCCUGUUUUUGCAAAUGUUUGAUAAUACAGCUACAACCUGCUUACACCUGUGAAUAAAUUGUGUCACAUAUACCAAAUGAAUGAAAUAGCGAAACGAGGUAUGUGGAAGCUUGAAAUAAGAUAACAGGACAAAAACAAGGACGUUUCGGCAUAAAGCCUUCCUCAGCCAACAAUAGAAAUGAAAAUAUAACAUAUACCAGUAGGCAAAUUUUUUACAAUACAUGGAUUACAUCGUUGAUUCGAUGAACAGUGGAUGUUAUGUUCCUAGUAUUUUUUUAUUAUGAUCAGUAUACAUAAAAGUAAAAGGUUUUAUCUUUUUAAAAAAAAUUUGCAAUUGCAACUUAAAUUCAAGCACCCCAAACUACCCUGCAAUGUUGAUUUGUAUUUGCGAAAUUCUGUAAUAAAAGAAUAAUAGAUAUGACUUUAAAAUGGUUAGCCCUGCCUUAAAAAUUUGAUAGGUUCCCUUCAAUCAACCUAUAAGACUUUUGUAAAAUUAUUACACAAUAGACCUUAAAAUGAAACCCCUAAAUAAUAGUGAGGGCUACUGUAAAGGUUGAUUCCUGACACAACUAAUAAUGAGUAAUAUUUUUCUCUUUUCUUUUCAAGCACUGGGCAUUCUCUGACAUUCGUACUGGUCGCAUUCUUACUAAAGUUGUUGAAAAAAGUGGUCAAAUGAGUAAGAAAUUCUUUAGAACCUCUGUGUAACCUUUUAAUAUGAUGUAUUUCAAUUUACUUAGAUAAGUUUGUGAAAUUUAAAGAUAAAAUAAUAUUGGCUAUUGCAACAUUCUAGAAUAGUUGAUUUAAUUUAGAUGAUUAUUAUUUAUACUAUUACAUAGCCUUAUACUUAUAUUUAGUUCAAAAGAUUUUAUCUCCUUAAACAAGAUAGAUGUCAUAAUAAAUUUAAUUCCCAAAUAUGAGAUACCCUAACAUGACUAUUAUACUGAAUUAGGUUUUGUAAUAGAGAUAUUAAAGAUUAUAUUACUUUAAGUUAUAAAAAAACAAUAUUAAAUAAAAGUUUAAUCAACUUGAAGUUGAGAUGAGCUACUGAAAUAGGAAAAUUUAGUUGCUGUUAAUAUUUUAUAAUUAAAGUUCAUCACUCAUUUUCAACAUACAUUUUAUUUAAAUCUCCACCAGUGUCAGCCCUGACAUGUGCGCAGUUCCAUCCCGACGGCCUUAUCUUUGGCACUGGCACAGAUGAUUCAAUUAUUAAAAUUUGGGACUUGAAGGAAAGAACAAAUGUGGCCAAUUUCCAGGGCCACCAGGGCCAAAUCACCAGCAUCUCAUUCUCUGAAAAUGGUAUGUUCUCAUAGAAGAAAAUUUAAGUUUCCUUUUUUUUUCUUUUGAACGAUUUCGUUUUCUACUUAUGUUUUAAAUGAGGAAUGUUGUUACUAGCAUGAUCAAGUGAGUCUUUAAUCUUUUCUCUGUCUAGGUUACUAUCUGGCAACAUCCGCAGAAGAUUCGGUUGUUAAACUUUGGGAUCUUCGUAAGCUCAAGAACUUCAAAACUCUACAAUUAGAAGACAACUAUCAAGUUAAAGGACUUUGCUUUGAUCAGAGUGGCACCUACUUGGCAGUGGCUGGUUCUGAUGUCAGGUAAGUUCUCCAACAUCUUGGUUCUAUAACUACUUGACCUUGUCAAAAUGAGUCAGUACAAGUAGAUGUACGGUAAAGGUUCUUUUAGAUGGUUUACAUAAUUGAAGUUUUGGAUGUAGCUGGGUAAAUGAUUUAUAUUUAUGUCUUUAAAAUAUAAAAAAUAAAAACAAUCUGAAGAGGAAUUACUAUGUUUAUGAAGUAUGUAGUAGGUUUUGAUUUGUAAUAGUAUUUUGUUAAAAACAAUCACAAUUAUUUAAAUGUAAUUUUUCCAGAGUCUACUUGUGCAAACAGUGGAGUGAGUUGGCAGUUUUCAAUGAUCACACAGCUGCAGCAACAGGUGUGCGUUUUGGUCACAACUCCACAUUCAUUACAUCUGUUAGUAUGGAUCGUUCACUGAAGUUUUUUGGACCUGCAGAGUGAUGGAGAUUUUGUUUAACUUUUAUGUGUCAACUGUUGUUUUAAAUAUUGUUGUUUUUUUUUUAAAUUUUAUCUUUGCAUUUUAAAUAUAUUUUGUUAUCUCUAAGGGCAUCCCUUUACGUAUGCCCUAACAAAAUUUAUUUAGUGUUUUUUUUCUUUAAAUGCAUUGAAGUUGAAGAUUGGAAACAAGAAAAUAGUGUUUGUUUUAGUUUUAAAUGUAUUAUUCUUAUAGGUAAAACAAUUUAUAAUACCGGUACUGCAAUCAGAUAAAUGCAUGUUUGAAUUUAAAUAUGUAUUUCACCAAAAUAUGUUGUGUAGUAUUCAUGGAUAUAUUAAAUAAUAUUGUUUUCAAAAGAAUUAGGUUUGGUCUGUAUCAUUUUUGAAAUUGAGAACAACAAAACUAGAAAUACCUUACUCAGUGCAUACUUAAGUAUUGAUGACCCUUUUGUAGCAUAAAUUACACAGUUUGCUAUGCUGACAUAAAUAUUUGUUAAUGGAAUUGUUAUAACUUUGGUACUGCUUCUAAAUGUGUGUGACACUUGUACAGGAGGAAUACAGUUUAGAUGAGCGGCUUUUAAUAGAUGUUAAAUAGAUUCAUUUUUUAUAAAUAAGAUGUGUACUAUAAUGUAGUAAAAGCAGCUCUUCUAGAGCAGUGGUUCUCAACCUUCCUAGUGCCGCGACCCUUUAAUACAGUUCCUCGUGUCGUGGUGACCCCCAGCCACACAAUUAUUUUCAUUGCUUCUUCAUAGCUGUAAGGAUAUGUGUUUUCAAAUGGUCUUAAGCGACCCCUGGAAAAGGGUCAUGCGACCCCUUUAGGGGUCGCGACCCACAGGUUGAGAACCGCUGUUCUAGAGGAAUGAGUUGAUCUGUCUUAUCUAAAGAAAAAAAAAGUAUAUGCUUUCUUUCCUUUGCUGCUUUUAUCACUUCUAAAAAGAAAGGAAUGUUCUCUCUAAAUCUCUUCUUGACACUGAUAGAAAUUAUAAUACAUCUUUUUUCAAUUUUAUUGUGUUUUUAAUGUUUUUUUUAAGUGAACUUGCCUGUUCUUAUGGGCUUACAUAUAUCCAAAGUCUGUAAAAGAAAAUACUGUUAUAAAACCAAGGGAGCAUAUUUUUAGGUUAUUUUUCCUUAACUUGCAUUGUUUAUCCUACACAAUGACAUAGUUGCAGAAAUCAUUAAUUUAUAAAUAUUUUAAAUUUAAUGCAAUUUAACUUAAUUUACCAUUUUCUAAAUGUGAACAGUGAAAGGCAAUUGUAGAAAUUGUAAUCAACAAAAAAUUAUUUUGUUUUAAUCAAUAAAAUGAUAAUUACUUGUAUGGGAGUUAUUUGUGUCUGUGACUUUUUACACUAACUUUCCAAAUAAAAUAUUAUCAAAACAUUUUUCUUGACAAGUCCACUUUAGUGGAUGGAUUAUUUAAAACUUUUAAAGCAAAAUAAUUUUUCUUGAUCAUUUUAAAAUCAAUUUUUAAUAUUUGCUGAAUGCAAAAUAAUUUCAGUCAUAUACUUAUACAUUCUUGAAAGGUAAAUACAGGCAUCACUUCAUUGAAAAGAAUUAGUCACAGAAGCAUUGAAAAAUUUUAAAUUGCGGAGAAUAGUCUUGAAUUCAUUGAGCUGGAUGCUUCAUUAAGUGAAUUUAAACAAAUGAAGUUCUUAAAUAAAGGAAUACUGGAUUACCCAUACCUUACACAUACAUGUAGUUAAAGUUGUAUUGACUGCUAUGGAGUUUUGUACUUGUUACAAAUGUUCUUUUUAAAAUUAAAUACUUUAUAAACCAUGGUUCUAGUUAUACUAUAUCGUUUUAUUUUGUUCUAUUAGUGCAGUGCUGUCCCACCCGGGGCCCCUGAACUGAUUUAAAAUGGUCUGCCACAGCUUUAGAAAUUUUUUUGACGUGUGUUAAUGGUAAAAAUAUUUACAAACGACAUUAAUUGAAUCAGUAUUGUUGGGAAAUCGAGUGAGAGUACAGAAGUCUUGUUGUAACAUGGAAAAGGGGUAGGUAACAAAAUCGUUUCAGAAUCGGCCUCAUUAGCCAUCUGCGCACCCACACACAGAACAGCACAAACUCUGAUGAUUGAAGUGGUCAUGGUCGACUUCCGACUGACGAACAACACAUUCAGAGAUCAGUGUAUGUGACGUCGAACAAUUGAAUGUCUUUGGAAGCAACAACGUAAAUGAAACUAGAUUCUCCGUAUAAGGACUAACAUUAAGUCUGUAAAAAAUAAAGCUUUGACUGAUGAACAUUUAGAAAAUAUAAUAAGGCCAGGUGCUACUGAAAACUGCUUCAAAUUAAGAAACAGAGUACGUAUCAUAGAAAAAUAUCUCACCAAUGUUAUUUGCUUUAUUUAUCUUUUUGAUGACCCGAUAAUGUUAUUGGAUGUAUGGAUGCAUAAGAUAAGCAUUAAUAAUGUGAACAAUUUUCUAAAAAAGUUUUUUAAAAAUUUAGCUUGAGAUGUAAUGUGCAGCCCUCCACAUGGUGGAAAAUUUUUUAUUGGCCCACCUAGUCAAAAAGAUUUGACAGCACUGUAUUAGUGUUUAAUUUAAGAAUAAGUUAUGGUCCGUUUUGAUGUACAACAAAUAAAAAAAUAAUUAAAUGAACACAUUUCUUUUGAUUCAACACUAUUACUAUUUACUGAUUUAACUAAGACAGGCAGUAGACAGGCAAUCAAUUAAACAAAUUUGAGUUUAAAAAAAAAACUUUAAUAAAAUAUUGAUUAAAUAUGUAGAUAUAUAUUACAUAGUUAUAAUCUUGUUAGAUGAGUCAUAAUACCAGGAAUGUAAUUAAAAUAAUGAGUGAAGGAUGUUGAUUGAUUUAGCAUAUAACAUUUUAUCCUCAUGCUAUCCUCAAAUGGAAAC